AUGGAUGGGAGAGGGGGGUGUUGUAUCGCGAGGUACACCGGCGGCGGAGCGGCGUACGAUACGUCGAAAGUAGGGAGGAUAAUGUUGAGAUUCCGGCCGAUCGCUCCGAAACCGGCGGCGGAUGGAUCUGUUUCCGGCGCAUCUAGUGUCGCGGAAAGUAAGGAGGUCCGUACAACGGCUGCCCGCAGAAAGCGGAGGUACGUUAGAGAUUCUGAGUCUACCGGCAAGACGGCGUCCGGUGUGAACCCUAACAGAAGGCCUUGUAAGAAGAGGAAGGCGGCGGCGGCGCCGGUGACGGAGGAGGAAAACGAGUCUAACGGUAAGACGGAGUCCGGUGGCUCAUCAUCAGUCUCCAGUGUGGAGAGAGAGCCGGUUAUCACUCUGCCUUUGCUGCCGGAGAAACCGGAACGGAAGGAAUGUCCGGCGACGGCGGCGAGGGAAUCUAAGAAGCAAGAGCCAAAGGAUCCGGUCUGGUUAAGCUUCGGUAACCAACUCCAACAACCGCGCGAUAGUCACGUGCCUAGGCACGUGCCGUACGGCGGGGGACCAGCAAACGUGCCACCGGCGACGAGAGUCGUUGGCUCGUGGGUCCAGGUGGAAGGCAUUACCGGCACGUGGAUCGACCACGGAAACUGCCUAGGCCGUACGGACCAAGACAAAAUAAUGAAUCUCGACCGCGACACGUGUCCGGGUUUCAUAUCCGACGCCCAGAACAGAGUGAGGUGGGCCAACGCCGCCUACCGGAACCUAUUGGGGCACCGCGCCACUGAAAACGGUGGCGAAGCGGCGGUGUUUGUAGCGAUGGGCGACGGCGUACGGCUACCACCACCCAGCCCGGCGGCGUUCACGUGCCGCGUGAGGGUGGUGACGCCCGCCGGCAAGGAGAAGAGCUCUAGGGUUCUCCUCUGUGAUGUGUGGAGAAUGAGCGGCGGCGGCCAUGCAUGGAGGUUAGAUACCGAGGCCGCUCUCUCCUUAUAG